AUGGAGAGAGUAUGCCAGGAAGGUAUAACUGUAAAUGGCCAUAAAGUUACGGUGACUAUUAAGUGUUUUAUCUGUGAUUCCCUGGCAAGAGCUUUCAUCAAAGGAACUGCUUACUUCAAUGCACAACACGGUUGUCAGAAGUGUACAACUGUCGGUGAAUACUCGUACAUAUCUCAUACGAACUAUUUUCCUCUGACAGUAUGUCCUCCAAGAACCGAUGAAGACUUUCGCAACAAAAAAUACGGAUCGCAUCACAAGAACGAUACUCCUCUGUUGAGGCUCAACAUAGACAUGAUAAAGGAUUUUCCAAUCGGAGAUUCACUGCAUCUUGUAGACUUGGGAAUUAUGAAAAAGCUCUUGUUGGGAUGGCGAGAUGGGAAAUUCGGCAAAAUCAAUACCAAGUGGCCUGCCAAUGUCACAACUGAUCUUUCCAAAAGAUUACUUCAGCUUAGACUGCCUCGUGAGAUCCAUCGAGCGGUUCGUGGCCUAGAUUGUGUAGGUCAUUGGAAAGGUCUCGAGUUUCGUACAUUUUUACUCUAUGUAUCAAUUGUUGUUCUCAAGCCAAUUCUCUCGUCAGAUGUGUAUGAACAUUUUCUUUCCUUUUUCUGUGCUGUUACUAUAUGCUCAUCAGAAAGUCAUACUCACCUUUUGAAAAUUGCCCACAUGUUAAUAAUGCACUUUCUGGACCAUUUCAAAGAUUUUUACGGAGAAGAUUAUAUUUCUAGCAACGUACAUAAUCUAAGUCACCUAGUAGAUGAUGUUGAACGGUUUGGUAUAUUGUCAAAGUUCAGCGCGUACCCUUUCGAAAACAAACUUUUCCAAAUUAAGAAUCUCAUCAGAUCUGGUAGAAAACCGCUCUCACAAAUUGCUAAACGAUUAAGUGAAAUGAAUAAAAUUUCGAAAAACAUUGAUCUAAGUAACGAUAAGAACCAUUUGUCACCUGUGCUAAGGAAAGAGAUGACAGAUUUUGAUGUUAAGGAUAAUCCACAAUUCGUUGAUAGUGAAACCAGGGCAUAUAAGCAAAUUGAGUUAAACAGUUUUACAUUGAGCAAUGAUUUUACGAACCAGUGGUUUUUAACAAAAUCAAACGAAAUUGUAGGUAUGAAUACCGCGUUCAAAAAUGGAAGAGAGGAAGUGAAAAUCAAAGGCAGUUGCUUGCGGCAACUUAAUCCAUUUUUCAUAACACCUAUACAAUCUAAUGUGUUGCAUAUUUAUCGUUCACUGCGUUCAGAACAUGAUACCAAAUUUUAUAAUUUGUCUGAUAUAAGGUGCAAAAUGGUAGCUAUUCCUUUGGAUUCUACAGUGGAUACAGUAUUUAUUCCAUUAUUGCACACUCUACCUUGCUGACUUACAAAAAAUCACAAUCAUUUGAGGUCCUUGUAUUUGUGAGAAUAUAUGCAGGAGAAAUAAAUAUAAGUGACACAAGCAUAGCAGUUUAAAACAAAGGUUUUUUAUUGUCUACAUUCGAUGUACCUGUUCAGCACACAUCUUCACUUCCCAUUUCCGGAUAUAGUUUUAGAAUUACAAAAAUCAAACGAUUUUGUGAUGGUGCGCCGGAUAGCUUCUGCUUUUCCUACGUCUCGUACGGAGCAUUUUGUAGUGUCGAUAUUUGAAUUCAAGGUGUAGUCGUCUUAUGUAAGCCAUCAACACCACAUUCAUGCAAAACAUUGAAUGAGCACAAACAUCGAGUGUAAUAACAUUUCUCAUUCAUUAUUAAUCCUCGAGUAACACAGGAACUGCUUACUUCUUCUCGUGCGUAAUUCACAACGAAUGCACAAACCAGCAAUAGCUUCUGUAAUCCAGAUUUGAUGUUACAAAUACAAUCCUUACUCGUAGUACAAUCUAGAUGACAUUCGACCCGAACCUGAUGC